UUCGGCAUCUCUCCUACAGGCGGGAUGAAAGGUAGUGACAUCAUGACCGGCUGGGUAAAGAAUGGCAACGUCUACCUUCAGGAUCGCAAGGCGUUUGAUUACGUGCAACCAUCGAUAGACGCGAGUCAAGAUUGGACAUUGAUAUCUGGACAAGAAGUGAACGGUGUCACUAUGCUGAAAGUCCGACGCGCCCUUGACACAUGCGACGAUGACGACGAUAGCAUCAUUACGGAUGGCACCAUACGCGUGAUCUGGGCGCUAAACCAAAAUGAUCCGUCAGCACCAGAGACUCUCAUGUAUCACGGAGCCACCAACAGGGGGCGCCGGAGUCUCCACUUGCUGUCUUACUACGUGGAAUCGACGAUUCCUCCAGAUGCAGGCGCCUUUGACGUGACGAUGGACAAUGUUCAGAUUGAAAGCACUGACACAACCUACGCGUGCAAGUAUAUAAAAUCGCCACCCCUCCAGACUAAGCACCAUCUUGUUAGGAUGGAGGCUAUAAUCACACCAGACAACGAGGGAAUUGUUCAUCACAUGCUUCUCUACGAAUGUCCGCGAUUCACGAAUGAAGAAGUGAACGAAGUGGACGGCUAUACGUUCAACUGUGGAGAGAACGCGGCAGAGAAGAUGCCCUGCAAGCAGAUCGUUGUCGGCUGGGUUAUAGGUGGCGAGGUGUACGAUUUUCCUAGUAAGGUUGGCUACCCGAUCGGCGAACCUAACGGUGCAAACGUAUAUAUUUUGGAGGUGCAUUAUGACAACCCAACUCUACUAAGAGGAAAGAGAGAUUCCUCAGGCAUGCGUCUUUGGCUGACGUCAACGCUACGUCAGCAUGACGCGGGCGAGCUGGAGAUCGGGACCGAGGUGACAGCCUUCAUGCAGAUUCCGCCGCAUUACGACACGCCGCUGACAAUGCCUGGCUACUGCUUCCCGGCGUGCACACAGGAUACUUUCCCACAAGAUGGUAUCAAUGUGUUUGCAGUCUACCUGCAUGCGCACUUAACAGCUAAAGCAAUACGAGUUCUAAUACUCCGCAAGGACGGCACAGUCGAACUGAUGGCAGCAGACGAAAACUUCGACUUCAACUAUCAAUACAACAAAUUCUUUAACAACGAAAUCAAAAUCAUGCCGGGAGAUGGAUUGAUGGUGGAAUGUGACUACGCGACGAAAGACAGGAAAGAAUUUACUUUCGGAGGGCUAGCUACGACGGAUGAGAUGUGUCUGGCAGAACUCUCGUACUACCCGAAGAUACCACUGUCCUUAUGUCAAAGCAUCAGCGAUCCCGACUGGUAUCUAGAACAACUGGGUGCGGACGAUUUUGGAGGCGAAAAUGAAGAACAGAAAUAUCUCGAUCCAAUAAUAACUGGGCCCCAAGAAAUUGCAAACAAACCAAUGAAAGACCUCUUCAACGAAUAUUUUUCUGAGGAUUACAAAAGUCAAGUCAAGAGGGACGCAUACCAGAAUUUCUUACGUUCUGCCAAAAUCUACAAUUCAUGCCUGAAAAGCGAUCAAACGUAUUUGGACCGCACAUCAGUGUUUCUUGACACGUUCAGUUACGAUAUGAAGCUGGUGAUCGUCUGCACGGUUGUCGUCGGUGUGCUGCUGCUGGAUGCCAGCUCGGCGCUGCAGACGUCUGAGAACUUCCCGCAGUCAGCGCUGCUAGACCCAGAGGGAAGGGUGACCUUAUACUGGAGUAAUUAUACCCAUUACUUGCUACAUAUGUUCGACAGCACACACAUAGUCUUUGAAAUUCACGCGGAAACUACGGGAUGGGUUGGUUUCGGCAUCUCUCCUACAGGCGGGAUGAAAGGUAGUGACAUCGCGACCGGCUGGGUAAAGAAUGGCAACGUCUACCUUCAGGAUCGCAAGGCGCGUGAUUAUAUACAACCAUCAAUAGACGCGAGUCAGGAUUGGACAUUGAUAUCUGGACAGGAAGUGAACGGUGUCACUAUGCUGAAAGUCCGACGCGCCCUUGACACAUGCGACGAUGACGACGACAGCAUCAUUACGGACGGCACCAUACGCGUGAUCUGGGCGCUGAACCAAAAUGACCCGUCAGCACCAGAGGACCUCGCGUAUCACGGAGCCACCAACAGGGGGCGCCGGAGUCUCCACUUGCUGUCUUACUACGUUGAAUCGACGAUUCCUCCAGAUGCAAGCUCCUUUGACGUGACGAUGGACAAUGUGCGGAUUAGGAAUUCAGAUACAACCUACAGGUGCAAGUAUAUAAAAACACCAUCCCUCAGCGGAAAGCAUCAUAUGAUAAGGAUGGAGGCUAUAAUCACACCAGGUAACGAGGGAAUUGUUCACCACAUGCUUCUCUACGAAUGUCCGCGAUUCACGAAUCGCGAAGCUAACGAAGUGGACGACAUUACGUUCAACUGCGGAGAGAACUCAGCAGAGAAGAUGCCCUGCACUCAGAUCGUUGUCGGCUGGGCUAUAGGUGGCGAGGUGUACGAUUUUCCUAGUAAUGUUGGCUACCCGAUCGGCGAACCUAACGGUGCAAACGUAUAUAUUUUGGAAGUUCAUUACGACAACCCAACCCUGCUAAGAGGAAAGAGAGAUUCCUCAGGCAUGCGUCUAUGGCUGACGUCAACGCUGCGUCAGCAUGACGCGGGCGAGCUGGAGAUCGGGAACGAGGUGACAGCCUUCAUGCAGAUUCCGCCGCAUUACGACACGCCCCUGACAAUGCCUGGCUACUGCUUCCCGGCGUGCACAGAGGAUGCUUUCCCACAAGAUGGUAUCAACGUGUUUGCAGUCUACCUGCAUGCGCACUUAACAGCUAAAGCAAUACGAGUUCUAAUACUCCGCAAGGACGGCACAGUCGAACUGAUGGCAGCAGACGAAAACUUCGACUUCAACUAUCAAUACAACAAAUUCUUUGACAACGAAGUCAAAAUCAUGCCGGGCGACGGCUUGAUGGUGGAAUGUGACUAUGAGACGAAAGACAGACAAGAUUUCACGUUCGGAGGUCUAGCUACGACAGACGAAAUGUGUUUGGUGGAACUGUCGUACUACCCAAAGAUACCGCUGGCUUUAUGCCUGAGCUCCAGUGAUCCAGACUGGUAUCUGGAACAGCUCGGUGCGAACAAUUUUGGUGGUGCCAACGAAGAACGAAAAUAUCUCAAUCCAAUAAUAACUGGACCUCGAGCUCUAGCUAACCAGCCAAUGAAGAGCCUAUUCAAUGAAUAUUACUCUGAGGAAUACAAGAAAAAAGGGAAGAGGGACGAAUACCAAACCUUCCUGCGUUCUGCCAAGAUGUACAAUGCAUGUCUAAAGAGUGAUUAUUCGGAAUAUUCGCAAACCUGGAUCAAGAUUACUACGCCUACCUAUCAGCUGCCGUCACAGCCAGGUCGAAACUGCAUGUAAUGGCAGAUCACGCUC